AUGCUCGGUAUUCAGAGACUAGUGUUCCUCUUCAUAUUCCUCGCCUGUGUUGUCGAGAACAAAGCGGCAGACACAAGCCACUCAAAGCGUUGUAUGGAUAAAAGCGUAACCCAAGUUACCUGUGAAGGCGCGACCUACGACGGUUACUUCAUGAAGCAUCCUGACGACUGUGGCUUGUUCUACUACUGUUCUACUUCUCAGAGCGAGGCGGUGUGUGUUGAAUGCCCGGAUAAUCAACAGUUUAAUGCUAAAAGACAAGCUUGUGACGCUUCCUAUCGAGCGAACUGUGACCUGUGA